AUGGUGUCUCCGUCCGAGCAAACGAUUCUGGUAACAGGCGCAAACGGCUACAUUGCCCUGCAUAUCAUCAACGAACUCUUGCAAAGCGACUACAGAGUCAGAGGCGCUGUACGAUCACAGAAGGCCAGUGACAAAGUCCGCGAAACUUUUCCUAGCUACUGGGGUUCUCGACUCGAAAUCGCCAUCGUGACCGAUAUUACGAACUCUGAAAACUAUAAUGGUGCCCUCGACGAUACGAUCACAGCUGUCAUCCAUACCGCCAGCCCUGUACAUGGCGUUGUUGAAGACAACAUUCGGGACAUGCUGAACCCUGCCAUUCAAGGUGCAACCGCCAUCCUGGAUGCAGUAUCGCGGUUGGCUUCGUCCUCAGGCCGGAGAGUCAUUCACUUGUCUUCGUUGUCAGCCAUGUUAAACCCUGCUCAGGGCUUUCGACCGGGCUACACGUAUUCGGAGAAAGAUUACAAUCCGAUCACGUUUGAUGAGGCAGUGUUAAUAGCGGACCGCAGCGAACUGUACAUCGCUUCCAAGUCUCUUUCAGAACGCGCGGUAUGGGACUGGUUCAGCCAGAACAAGCCGAGCUUUGAUCUCGUCUGCAUCAAUCCUUCCAUGAUCCUAGGGCCACACCUGGAUCGCAUUGAGUCAACACAAACAACGUCGACCGGCGCCAUGCUAUGGGCGAUUGUUGAUGCCGCAUCUAUUCCGGCACUCAUGUUUGGUGGCUGUGUCGACGCCCGCGACUGUGCUGCGAUCAUCAGGGCAGCUAUUGAGACGCCCGAGGCAAGCGGUCAGAGAUAUCUCGUUGCUCGUUACUUUGACUGGCAGACCGCAGCGGAUAUAGCGAGAGAGCACCACCCAGAGCUCGCAAGUCGUAUUCCGAUUGGCGAGCCUGGGUCUGGGAAAUCAAAGGCCGAAGAACGCAUUUAUCAACUGCAGAGAAGCGGGAGCACAAUUGAUAGAGUGGGUAGAAAGACGCACGUUAGUGAGGAACGGCGGUAG